AAUAAUUUAACUUCUUUUGCGCUAAACAAUAAACAACUUGCGUCAGAAAUAUGAUCUACAAAUUUUUUUAAAUAUUGAUCCGCAUCGCAUCCGAAAAUUUUUUUCUUCUUUAAUGUUUGAAAACAAUGGGAGAAAAUUUAUUAGCACAAAAUUUAUUUUCACUUAAAGGAAAAGUAGCAUUAGUAACGGGAGGAGGCACAGGACUUGGUAAAUCGAUUUCAAAAGCAUUUGUCAAGAAUGGUGCAAAAGUUUAUAUUGCCUCUAGGAAGCAAAAAAAUCUUGAAAAAGCCGCUGCUGAAUUGAAUAGUUUAGGAGGGCCAGGAAAAUGUAUCCCAAUUACAGCUGAUAUUACUAUAAAAGAAGAAUGUGAAAAAAUAGCCAAUAAAAUUAGUGAAAAGGAAAAUGGCAAAUUGGACAUUUUAAUAAAUAAUUCAGGUACGUCAUGGCCAACUCCUUUAAAAGAAGUCCCUGAAAAGGUUUGGGAUAAAGUUUAUAGAUUGAAUGUCAUAAGUGUAUAUUAUAUGACUAUUGCUUGUCUGCCUUUACUUGAGAAAGCAAGUAAUGCACCAGAAAAUCCUUCCAAAGUUAUUAUUAUGGGUAGUAUUGCUGGUAUAAUUGAAGGGGAUUUUAGGAGUUUGGAUAAAAUGAAAAUGAAUAGAACCACUAUGGUAUAUAAUACUUCAAAAGCUGCAGCGCAUUCUCUUGCAAGGAAUUUAGCCGUUUAUCUCACUCCAUGUGGUGUGAAUGUUAAUGUAAUAGCCCCAGGAAUAAUUCCUUCACGAAUGAACUUGAGUGUCCUUGAUAGAAAACUUGCUAUGGAGGAAAUUCCACAAGGACGCCUUGGUAAUGAAGAAGAUAUAUCUGGUGCAGCCUUGUAUCUUGCUUCUCGUGCUGGAGCUUGGGUAACUGGUACCACAAUUAGAAUCGAUGGUGGAACUCUUUUAUAUGGUAAAGAUGUGGGAAGAGAGUAUGCUAUUGCAAAUAAAUCUAAAUUAUAAUUAUACACGUGUCUGUCUUUUUUCUGAACUAAGAAAAUCAAUGAUCAGUAAAAAUAUAGCAAUGAUACAAAAUCGUUUAUUUUAGAAUAUAUUUUGGGGUUUGAUCUUAAUAUAAUUCUGUAAUUUUUCAAAUUUGUAUUGACAAUUGAUAUUGUAGUUCAAUCUAUUUAUAUUUUAUUUCUUAAAUUGUGAAAAAAAUAAGGGUAUUCAUUUAAAUUGUUUGAAAUAUUAAAAAUUUUUGUGAUAGCAAUUAGUUCAUUAGAUUUAUCUUUCGUAUAAUAUAAAG